AUGUUAUGUUUUUGUCACAAUCUUAUCAAAAGGAAUGACAUUGUCCCAAUAAUGCCUCAACCUGGGGACCUGAUUGAGAUAUUCCGGGGGACCUAUCAGCACUGGGCCUUGUAUGUUGGAGAAGGCUACAUCGUCCACCUCUGUCCCCCCACUGAGGCAGCUGGGGCUGGUGCCUAUAGCCUAGUGUCUGUGUUGUGUGACACAGCCGUUGUGACCAAGGAGAGCCUGGAGGAGAUAGUGGGGAAGGACAGGUUCCUUGUCAACAACCUGCUGGAUGGCAAACACAAACCCCGGAGUGUUUAUGACAUACUGAGGGAUGCCCGCAGCCUGCUGGGCCUGGAGAUGCCUUACUGCAUCCUGAGGGGAAACUGUGAACACUUUGUCACAGAGCUGAGAUAUGGGAAGGGAGAGUCCCGGCAGGUAUAUUAUGCUCUGGGCGUCGGUGUUCGAGCAGUGGCGAUUGGCAUGAAGGCCCUGAAUGCAGCGUCAAACAUCUCUUGUGUGAAGUCAAAACAAAAGCGGAUACUCCUUUGA